AUGAGCGAGUCGUCGUUCCCGUUCGUGCCGCUAGGGGGCAGCACAACGGGCGGCAUGGCAGCAGGGUUGCCAACUCGAAGAGAGAAAGAAAAUGAGGGAGAGAGCGACAGAGAGGGAAUAGAAAAAAUAACAAAAGUCAGAAGAAGAGAGAAAGAAAAUGAGGGAGAGAGCGACAGAGAGGGAAUAGAAAAAAUAACAAAAGUCAGAAGUGACAUCACACAUCUAUAUAGCAAAAAUAUUUCGUUAGUUCCAUCGAAUUUAAUAUAUUUGGACACCGACUCACUUGUCUUUUGCCUUAUAACCUUUGACGGAACAAAACAAAACUUAAUCGAUGGCAAUACCAGGCAUUUUCCUGUUCCUUCAGAAAAGAUACCUCAAAGUCCAUUGCAUCAUGUAGAAAUAGUCUCUAACUUGAAGGAUAACUUCAAAAAUCGUUUCAAGGAUUUCAACGAAAUUCCUAUAGUGGCGCAAUUUGUUGUUUCACCUUUCAUGGAAAUUGAUAUCCAGCAGUUCGCAACUUCUGUUACGCAGAAUUUUAGCGAAGACAUCGCAGCGACAGAAACGGAAGUGAUUCCGUUUCAAAAUGAUUUAGCUCUAAAAUCAUUAGUCUCAAAUACAGAAUGUAUCUGGCCUUCAGUAAGAUUCCUGGAAGCCGUAAGCAGAUGUGAGGUAUGUCAUUCCAUAUCAUAUUGCAUAUUCAUUCUCUAUACUAUUACAUUUUAUAUGGUAAUACUGAGCACAAAACAUAAACAUUUAGGAAUUCCGAUCACUUUAGUUUUUAUCUAG